AUGUUUCUAUGAACAUUUUGAAUUAUAGAUCGGAAAAUUUGAACGUGGGUUGAGAAUUUCAGAUUCCGAUAAGAUGGGUUAAUUGGAGCACGGCGAGACUCGCCGGACACUGAUUUAAGCUGAGGCACUGCAUUAUGCUUCCUUCGUUCUCUAGCGUAGGCGCGACUCCCGUCGAAUCUCUCUCUCUCUCUCUGACUCCCACUGCUCCUGGUCUUCUUCUUCGCCCGGUUUGCCGGAAAUCUCAGGCUUCGUCGGAGCCCUAGCGGACUUCUGACCCACCCCCGUUGAACCUGUCUCCCAGCCUUCUUCUUCGCCCUGUUCACUGGUCGUCUCAGGCUCGCUCGACGACGAUUUUGGCUGGGUUCGAAGCCUCUUCUCUCCUGUCGAAGCGGCCUAUUCUCUGUCGAAGGGUCGAAUCGAAGCUCUUCUCCGUGUUCCUCUCGAAGGGGCGAAGUAUUUGGAUUUUUGCUCCACCUUUGAGAUCCAUGAAACAUGCCUCGCAAAGUAAACAACAGAAUUGAUUAUUAUGAUUACUAUGAUGACUAUGAUGCCUAUGAAGAUUUUGAUGAUGAUUUUGGCAUGGAAGAAAAUGAUGAAUCACCAGAGGCAAUCCAGGAAACUACAAAGCCUGGGGUUUGGCAUUGCGCAGUUUGUACUUUUGAUAAUGAUGAAAGCAUGCCUGCGUGUGAAAUUUGUGGAGUUCUUCGUAAUCCAUUGGUGAAUAUUAGCAGCAAUAACAGUAAGGGAACAGUUGAUGGCAUGUGCAAAGAUUCUGGAGCAUCCAUAAUGGCCAAGUCACUUUUUGCAUCAUUGCCGCAAUGGUCACCGAAAAAAGCUGUAAUCUGUCAACAACAGAAUGAUGAUUUUGUGAUGGAAGAAGGCAAUAAGUUCCACAAGCUUGGGAUUAUCCAAAGAAAUUUUCUUGAAUUUAUUAAGGCUUAUAGUUCUCAUAACCAUUAUCGCAUUGAUAUAGCCCCUUUCAAGUUUGAUUUUCCAUCUCCAGAUGAUUUGGUUACUAACGGAAUGCGUUCUUCAAGAAUGGUCUCGAAAGGAAACCCAGCAAAGCCUACUACCAGCACUAAAAUGUUGGAUGGCUCAUCUUUGUCGAUGCCAAUUGGAAGAGAGGAAAGGGUCAACGAGAGCAACUGUUCUUCAGUGACUGGGGGCACACCAGAAAGUUUUACCAGUAGCUUUGGUAGUAUAUCUUUGAACACAAAAUCUGAUCGCUCAAAGAAUGCUACUGCUAGAAGAGCUAAAACACACGUACAGUAUAAACCUGAGAAAUGGAUGCUUCCUGUCCAGUCAGAAGAAGGAUUGACUCAGCUGAAUCUAGCAAUUGUUGGCCAUGUUGAUUCUGGAAAAUCAACACUCUCAGGGAGACUGCUGCAUCUUUUGGGACGAAUUUCCCAAAAAAGCAUGCACAAAUAUGAAAAGGAGGCUAAAGAACAGGGAAAGGGCUCCUUUGCGUAUGCUUGGGCUUUGGAUGAGAGUACUGAAGAAAGGGAAAGGGGAGUUACUAUGACUGUGGCUGUUGCCUAUUUUGACUCCAAAAACUAUCACGUUGUUGUGCUCGACUCCCCAGGUCAUAAAGAUUUUGUUCCAAAUUUGAUAUCUGGUGCAACACAGGCUGAUGCUGCAGUUCUUGUUAUAGAUGCCUCCAUUGGUUCAUUCGAGGUAGGCAUGGACAGCACAGGGGGGCAAACAAGGGAGCAUGCACAACUCAUUAGAAGUUUUGGGGUUGAUCAAGUCAUAGUUGCUGUUAACAAAAUGGAUGUUGUCAAAUACUCUAAGGAACGGUUUGAUUUGAUUAAAGUGCAACUUGGAUCAUUUCUCCGUUCUUGUGGUUUCAAGGAUUCUUCUGUGUCCUGGAUCCCAUUGAGUGCCAUGGAAAAUCAAAAUCUAGUGACUCGUGCCUCUGAUGCUCGCUUGUUGUCCUGGUAUCAGGGACCUAAUCUGUUGGAUGCAAUAGAUUCUUUCAAAUCUCCAACAAGAGAUUUCUCUAAACCUCUCAUUAUGCCGAUUUGCGAUGUUGUCAAGUCACAUUCAAUGGGGCAGGUAUCUGCAUGCGGUAAAUUGGAGGCUGGAGCUCUUCGAAGUGGAUCGAAGGUUCUAGUUAUGCCAUUUGGGGAUGUAGGGACGGUGCGUUCCUUGGAGCGUGAUUCUCAUCCUUGUUCCAUUGCAAGAGCUGGGGAUAGUGUGGCCAUCAGUCUACAAGGCAUUGAUGGGAGUCGUGUGAUGGCUGGUGGCGUGGUAUGUCACCCUGAUUUCCCAGUUGCAGUGGCAACCCAUUUGGAGCUGAAGGUCCUCAUCUUGGAGGUUUCAACCCCCAUUCUCAUUGGCUCACAGCUGGAGUUCCAUAUACAUCACGCAAAGGAGUCUGCGAGUGUUGUAAGGAUAUUAUCACUUCUUGAUUCAAAGACUGGCAAGGUGACAAGGAGGGCACCCCGCUGUCUUAUAUCCAAGCAGCAUGCUUUAAUUGAGGUUGCUCUGCAUAGUGCUGUUUGCGCAGAUGAGUUCUCAAGUUGCAGAGCUCUUGGAAGGGUGUUCCUUAGAGCAUCUGGAAGAACUGUUGCUGUAGGCAUUGUAACUCGCCUCAUUGAGCCGUAGUUACACCUCAAGACAUUCCUUAAUCCAGAGUUUUUACUUGGCUCAUCUCUACGAAGCCUCUCCAGAAGUUUUGCUGAUAACUGGUAAAUGAUGUUUGCCUGAUUCACGGGGAGCUCCCUCACACAUUCAGGAUAAGAAAGUAUAGGUUCACUCAUGGUUACAAUAGUUUGUAAAAAAAAAUUGACUGAUUAUUUGUUCUUAAAUAAUAUUAUUUUUUUAUUAAUUAUUAUAUUUAUGGGCAAUUG